UCAAAGGUCCUUUGUGCUGCUUUGAAAAUAUGCAAGUUCAUUUUCGUGUCUUUUAUUUUUUUGUAAAUCCCGUAAAAUUCCAGUGGAAGGAUAUUGCGUAAUAUUUCAUGAUUGCUAGUGCCCAGACAAGUGAUAACUGUGUGGAUGAAGCAUGUCCAGGGGUUGAAUCUCCUGUGGUGAUGGCUGACCAGUACUGUAACCAGUCUCCCAAGGUGGAGGUGGUAAAUGGACACUCAGACUCGUCCCAGAGUAGCCUUUGUGAUAGAAGUGACAGUGACAUGCUGGAACAGAUUAAGCAACUGCUGGUGGAAAACAAUAAAUUGAAGGAAACCAUGAAGGAGAAAAAUCAAGAAAUGAAGGAGCGUCUUGAAGAGCUCUUAAAGAGAGAGAAACUGAGAGAGGAACAAGGGCAGUCUGAUCCGGGAUAUAUAGAAGCAAAGCAGCGCCUGUGUGAACUGAGUAGUGAAAAUUUGCUACUGAGGAAGGAAAUACAGCAACUAAAGCAGACAUCUGAAGAAGAAGAUAUAAAGCAUCUGAAGGCUCAGCUUGUACGUCUUCAUGCUGAGAAGGCCGAUCUUCUUGGGAUAAUAUCAGAGCUACAAGUAAAACUCAGCAGUUGCACAUCUGAAGACUCAUUUGUUGAAAUCCAAAUUGCAGAAAAGGACAUUGGUGCAGAGCUCAAAGAGGACAAACAAAAUGAUGCAGAGUCGAAUCAUAAUAUUAUUUCUUACAGGACAAGGUGUUCUAACAACGAGGACCAUGCUAUGGAAUCAGAAGAGCUGGCAGUGAGCAAACUCCUUCGUAGCUUGCGUGAAGAAACAGAGAAAGUAGAACAAUUGCAAAAGGAGUUAGCAAGUGCAAAUGAGAGGUUGUUACAACUGGAAAAGAAAUCAUUGGAUUUAUCAGACAAAGUAACUGAGACAGAACCAGUCGAGGAGAAGAAUAAGGAAGAAUUUGCAGAGCAGCUCACUUUGGAAGUGGAUACCCUAAAACAGAAGAUUGAAACGCUGAAUAAAGAGCUUUAUGAAACAAGUGAAAAGUUAAAUGAAGCGCAACUCCUUAAGAUCAAGCUGCAAGACAGAUGCACCUUACUAGAUAAAAAACUUUCGGAUAAUCAGGUUGAUCUGAAUGAGCGACAAAAGCUUUUGUAUUCUGUGCACAAGUUAGAGCUUCAAGUGGAAAGCCUGCAGUCAGAGAUGAAAAUGGAGUGGAGCAAAAGAGAGGAACAGCAGAAACUGAUAUUUGAACUGGAGGAAGCAUUGAACAAGCAGAGGGGUGACUAUGAGUUAUUAAAAGAAGCUGAAUCUGAAAAGGUGCCACAAAUGCUGUUGCUUGAAGUGCAGAAAAAACUGGAUUCCUGUGAGAAUGCAUUGGCUAAGAAGCAGUUAGAGAUUGAUGAAAUGAAGGAGGUGGCUGCCAAGUACCAGGCAGAUUCAGAGACUAUUGACGUGCUUCGUGCUCAGAUUGACAUUUACUCCUGUGAUUUUCAUGCGGAGAGAGAAGCCAGACAAAAUCUUCACCAAGAGAAGGAGCAGUUAGCCACACGCUUGGCAUAUAUACUUAAAGAGAAUGAAAGACUCAGAGACGAAAGAGGAAGGCAGUCCAUAGAGCAGCUUCAGAGGCGGCAUGUAAGAUCAGCAGAUGGGAGUGACAGUCCUACUCUUGUGUCCAGAGGAGCAGAGCACAUGGAGCAGUCCAGCCUUACUGUACACACUUGCCCAAAGUGUCAGCUGACGGUACCUGACAUGGAUACAUUACAGAUUCAUGUGAUGGAUUGUAUCACAUAGAAACAAUGAUUUGUUCCUUUAACAGAAGUCCUUUCUUUUAAACUACUUAGCUUUUUCUCAUGAGAUUACUUGAUGGUUCUUAAACUGUGCACUGGAUGGGAGGCACCGAACUGAAGCUGUACUAUAUAGUUCUUUGUCUAAUAGGAGCUUGGCUAAUAUAUAGGCAUUUUUAUAGAUUACUGUAUAUGCAGUUUAUUCUUUAAAGCACAAAUUUCCUGACAAACACUUGUUUCCAUAGCGCAUGUAUACAGUACUAAUGAUUGUGUAAAACUUUUCCUGAACCUGGCAAACAUAGCAAUGAAAAGAAAAAGUUCCUGGGUGUUUGGUGGAAAUCCAAAAAAUGAAAAGGCAUUUUACAAUGAGUCUCUGCUUUGCGAGCUUUGCCACAGAAUCUGUUUACUCAGAGAAACCAGAACUGACAAAAAAAAAAAUGCUGCAAAAUUAAUUUUUAUUUUUUUUGUCUGGGGACAUAUAGCUAAAUAUAUGUACACCAGGCGGACACCACUAUACUCAAUGGGAUCCAUCUCCGUCUGUUGUGCUUCUUUUCUGGCCCCAAACAGAGCUUCUGACACAGAUGUGAAUGAGGCCUUGCAUAGACAUUCUGUCCCCAGAAAAGUUUAGUUCCCAUUGCUCUGUGCUUUUGCCAAGGUGGCCUCUUCAGCAACCCUGUCAAAUGUGUUCCUUUUCUUUUUUGUCCUGAAACUGUGCACAUGCACUAUGUGAUGUAAAAAUACACAUACAAAAAAUUCUUAUAAAAUAAUUGUGGUUAGACUUUAAAUGGCUAUUCCAGCUCUAGAAAAAAGAAUUUAGAAGUGUGCCAGGGUGCAGUAAAAAAAAAAAAAGCCUACUCAUCUGCCCCCAUCCCCUGCAUCUCCUGUCACUGCUGGUUCCUGUUACGCAUCAUCUCUUUAGGAACUGUUAACUGUGGCCACAGUCAGCGACUGGCAGAGCAGUUAGUUCCUGCAGUGACAAUGCAUCAUAGGAAACAGCAAUAAGCAGCAGGAAGUGGGAAACAUUGGAAUGGCAGCUUCAAGGGAUCAGGCAGCUGAGCAUUCUGCUUUAUUUUUUAUUUUCACUGCACCGUGGCUCACUUUUUAUUAACAAUUCUUUGGAGCCCUGAAAUGCCCCUUUUUAAUAAAAUUUCUUCCAACAAAGUUUUUGAAACCUUACUAUACUAUAUAUAGAAAUUGUCCCUACCAUGGAUUAUAUCAGAUAAUACAGAUGAGGCCGUGAGAAUUUACCGCCCUUUUUGUAUUUUUUGACAUUGGUAUAGUCCAUAGAAUUUAAUAUAUUAUGAGACAAGCCAGUGGAAAAUAUGUAUUUUUAUUUUGUGGACUUCUGUAUGUAUAAAAUGUGCUACUAUUUUCCCACCCUGUAUAAAAUUAGAGAAUGAAAAGCUGGAAUGAUGUAAAUAAAAUUUAGUAUCUUCACAUUCUGAGAUUGGACUUUAU